GCCGUGCCCGGGGCCCCGCACCGCAGAGCCCGCGACCUAGGACAGCGAAGCAGGCCCGCCCGGAGCCCCGCGCCCUGCACCCCAGCGCCCGUCGGUGGGCGCCCCGAGCUCCGAUCGGCGCCGGGCAAGAAGAACGCGCCGCAGCCGCAGCCGGAAAUCAGCCUCGGAAAUCGGGGGCCCCCACCGAGCCGGAGUCGGAGCCCCAGCGGAGACAUGGCGGGGCCGAGGGGCGCGCUGCUGGCCUGGUGUCGCCGCCAGUGCGAGGGCUACCGCGGCGUGGAGAUCCGCGACCUGAGCAGCUCCUUCCGGGACGGCCUGGCCUUCUGCGCCAUCCUGCACCGGCACCGGCCAGACCUGCUAGAUUUCGAUUCACUUUCCAAGGACAAUGUUUUUGAAAACAACCGUUUGGCCUUUGAAGUGGCCGAGAAGGAACUGGGCAUCCCUGCUCUCCUGGACCCCAAUGACAUGGUCUCCAUGAGUGUUCCCGACUGCCUCAGCAUUAUGACUUACGUGUCCCAGUACUACAACCACUUCGCCAGCCCGGGCCAAGCAGCUGGUGUCUCACCGCCCAGAAAGGACCCGACACCCUCUUCCUCACCAUCUGUGACACCCAGUACCGAAGAACCAGGAGACGGGACUCAGGGCGAGGAGCUGUCUUCCCCCAGCAGCCUGUCGGAGCAGGGCACCCACCGGACCCCCAGUAGCACCUGUGCGGCCUGCGGGCAGCAUGUGCACCUGGUGCAGCGAUACUUGGCUGAUGGCAGGCUCUACCACCGGCACUGCUUCCGGUGCCGGCAGUGUUCCAGCACCCUGCUCCCCGGGGCUUACACAAAUGGACCCGAGGAGGGCACCUUUGUGUGUGCAGAACGCUGUGCCAGGCUGGGUCCAGGAGGCCGACUGGGACCCCGGUGUGCGACAGCCACACAGUCGAAGCCACUGCCGGCUGCCAAAGAUGAGGAUGCAGGUGACACCAGCUCUGCAGAGGGUGCAGGUGCCAAGGCAGAUGAUGCCAAGGCCGUCCCCGAGGCCCGGCCCCAGCUCGCCGCCAAGCCUCAGCUUCCCGGCAAACCCCAGGAACUGACAAGUCCUCCUGGCAGCCGCCCCACGCCCGCCCCCAGAAAGGCCUCUGAGAGCUCAGCCCCGACGCCCCCCACACCCCGGCCCCGAUCCAGCCUGCAGCAGGACAGCUUGGCGGAGCAAGCUGGCGGCAACAGCCUGGUGAACGGAAGACUGCAUGAACCCCCUGUCCCCAAGCCCAGAGGAACACCCAAGCUAUCCGAGAGGACGCCACCUCCUAGGAAGGACCCUCCUUGGAUCACACUGGUGCAGACAGAACCCAAGAAGAAGCCAGCCCCGCCUCCACCCCCCAGCAGCAGCAGCAGCAGCAGCAGCAGCCCUGGGCUCCCCAGGUGGGGCAGCCAACAGCAGGAGAGCGGGGCUGUGGAAGAGGCGCCCCAGCAGAGCCCCACUGCUGCCCAGGAGCCCAAGCCCUACAACCCCUUUGAGGAGGAGGACGAGGAGGAGCAAGAGCAGGGGGAGCAGCCCCCGGCAGGGCCCAGUCCUGGCCCGGCACACACAGAGGCUACGCCCAAGUCACUGCACCCCUGGUACGGCAUCACCCCCACCAGCAGCCCCAAGACUAAGAAACGCCCUGCCCCGCGAGCACCCAAUGCUUCGCCACUUGCACUACAUGCCUCCCGACUCUCACACUCGGAGCCCCCAUCGGCCACGCCGUCGCCAGCACUCAGUGUGGAGAGCCUGCCGUCCGAGAGCUGUAGCCAGGCUGCCAGCACGCAGCUUCUCGAGCCGCCCGCUGUGCCCAAGAGCUCCUCGGAACCCGCCGUCCAUGCCCCUGGCACCCCCAGCAACUCUGCCAGCCUCUCGGCCAACUCCUCCUUAUCUUCCUCUGGGGAGCUGGCACAGCCUGGCCCCAACCUCCCCCCCAGGACUCAGGCCAACCCAGGUCCCCAGCCAGCCAAGCCGAGCAGUCGUGCCACCCUCAUCCCUACCCCUACCCCCACCUCCACCCCAGUAGGAGACAAGAGCCCUGCACCUGCACCUGCAGCUGCACCUGGAACCUCGUCUCCCCAGCUUCAGGUGAAGUCUUCCUGCAAGGAGAAUCCUUUUAACCGGAAGCCAUCCCCUGCAGCAUCCCCUGCCACCAAGAAGGCCACCAAGGGAUCCAAACCGGCAAGACCACCUGCCCCCGGCCAUGGCUUUCCGCUCAUCAAACGCAAGGUCCAGGCUGACCAAUACAUCCCUGAGGAGGACAUCCAUGGAGAGAUGGACACCAUUGAGCGCCAGCUGGACGCCCUGGAGCACCGGGGGGUCCUGCUGGAGGAAAAGCUGCGUGGGGGUGUGAAUGAGGGCCGUGAGGAUGACCUGCUGGUGGACUGGUUCAAGCUCAUUCACGAGAAGCACCUGCUGGUGCGGCGGGAGUCGGAGCUCAUCUAUGUCUUCAAGCAGCAGAACCUGGAGCAGCGGCAGGCCGAUGUGGAGUAUGAACUCCGCUGCCUCCUCAACAAGCCGGAGAAGGACUGGACGGAGGAGGACCGGGUCCGGGACAAGGUGCUGAUGCAGGAGCUGGUAACCCUCAUUGAACAACGCAACGCCAUUGUCAACUGCCUGGAUGAGGACCGGCAGAGGGAAGAAGAGGAAGACAAGAUGUUGGAAGCCAUGAUCCGGAAGAAAGAGUUCCAGAGGGAGACUGAAUCUGAGGGCAAGAAGAAGGGCAAGUUCAAGACCAUGAAGGUGCUGAAGCUGCUAGGGAACAAGCGUGAGGCCAGGAGUAAGGCCCCCGGGGACAGGAGCUGACCACAACAGGGCUGCCGGGCCCUGCUGCUCCUGGAUCGGCUGCCAGGCUGUGCUUCAGCCAAGAGGAAAGAGAACUUCUAGGGAGGGAGCCCCUGACCUGAGGCCUCUCCCCGCUCAGGGUCCUUUGGCUGGUCUGGGCCAAAGAGCUUCCCCCUUCUCUCUGUGUGCCCCAGGCAGUGGUGACUCAGCCCUGCCACCUCCACAUGCCGUGACUGACCCCAAGGCCAAGCUGGCUCCACCAUCCCGGGCCUGCUUCCCUGUGUGCCACCCCUACCCUGGUAGGCUGGCUCCUCGCUUCCUUUUCACAGUCCCAAGUUCUGGCUGCCGUGGCAGGUGCAGGGGCAGGGCCGGCUCUUCAGCUUCCUCCUGCUCUGCACAGGAGGAAAGUUCCCCCAUCCCUCACUCUGCUCUAUUUAUGAAGUCCCCUGUUCCGUCUGUGCUAGCUGCCAUGAGGGUGGGCUGUGUUGCUUGCCUCCUCCCCUUACCCUUAGGGUUCUCUCCAACUGACUGCUUCCCCCAGCCUAGAGCUGGGGGGCACGCUGGGGUGGACAUGCUCGGGUAGGUGCUAAUCCUGCUUAUUUGCCUUGUUGGUGCUGUUCCCAGGCCUGAUGGAGAGCACUGCACUGUAGGGUCAGGGCUAGCACCCGUCACUGGGAUGUGCCAGAAUCCCUCUUGCCCCUGCCAGCUGCACUCCCGUCCGGGAGAAGAACACAUGCUGUACCAACUCUCACUCGCUUUCACCAACAAUAAACAGAGACCACCUCCAGUGCCAGUGCCCCACAGCCUCGAGCCACAGCCCCGCCUGGCUGGGCAGCCUUGGCUGCCCUUCAGGGGGACAUGCAGGGGCCAUCUCCCUAGAGCAGGGUGUUCUGCCAAGGACCAGAUGAGCAGUGAUGGUGCCAUUCAUGGGUCACACAGAAUGAUCAGCUAUGGAUGUACUGAAUUUCCGGUCGUCCCUGGAGUUACCUUGGCAGAGCCAGCCCCGGUGAUUCUGUGGACCUGGUGCAUCUCACGGGCCGACCUUCCCCACCCCCAAAGGGGUCCUUGGCUCUUGGGCUGUAGGGAGGUACCUGCUUCUGCAGGGGGCCAGGUGACAGCUGCAGCAGUGCCUCCGAGGCCUGUCAGGAUGGUGAGUAAUGUGCAACUUGAGGACUGAGGGGUGGUGGUGGGGUAGCAGCUGAAGGCCAAGGGGGUGCUGCUUUCAGCUAAAGCUGCUGUGAUUGCUUGGGUCCGUGUGGCCAGGCUUUUCCCAUGGUUUUAAUGCAGCUGGAGAUGCAUCUGGCAGGUGCGGCUUGUCAGUGCCGAUUGCUCAUGGGAGAAUCCAUCAGGCUUUGUGGGCCUGGGCUGGUUUUGCUCUGAGGUAGGGCUUGUCAGGGUGCAUGGUGGCCAGCCUGGCAUGUUACAUCCUCUGCUUUUAGGUUCCUGUGGGUGUGUGAACAGAGGUUGCCCCUGGCACAUCCCAGAGCCAGAACCUGCCUGUUGGUUCUGUAUGUAGACCACAGAUCAGCUCACGUACUCUGAUGGGGCUGCAAGGCAGGGCCAGACCCUCCACUGUAUUUUGGUGGUUGAUGGGGACAAGAAGAGAGAGAGGAUAGUGGAGAAGGUAGGGCUCAUGGGGGAAAAGGGCCAAUGGACUGGGUGCUAGACCAGGGGAUGGGGAGGGGCAUCCCGUGCCAGGUUAGCCCUCACGGUGGCCCUGUCCAGGGAAGUCUCACAGAUGUGGGUUUUGCUCAAGGUCACAAGUGCAUGCAGGAAUUGGGGCUUCCAGCAAGACCCUUGCACCCCUUUGUGGAAAGCCACAGAACUCACUUAACACCCCAGCAUGGCUGCUUACUAGUUCAAUGCCUUUGGGUGCAGGAUCUUGGGAGCCUCAUUUUCCAUCCAUGGAAAAGUCAUCAUCGUUAUCUCUAGUUCACGGAAAUAAUGAACUCAGACUGAAGUUCAAGCACCCACGAGUGCUGCUUUAUUUGCACUUGAAAUAUGCUUGUAGGUCUUGAAAAAACCACCUGUGCUAGCAAGUUCUAACUCCUUGAACAAAUAAGCUUUAUCCCUCCAAAAACACAAUGACCAGGAGAGUGUAUUUUAUUGGCCAGUUGGUGGUUUAACAUUUGCCCAAGGCUGCAUGGAGUCGCCUCUGCUGGUCCCUGACACAGGUGGGAAGAAAGCACCGUGUUCCCUCCCAGGACACACAGGGGAGAGAGCCCACUGGGUGCCCUUGGGGUGCACAUCCAAGAUCACAGGACUAGGGCUCAGUGUUGUCUGUGACCGGGGCCCUGUUCUCUGUCUUUGUGGCUGCAGGUCUCCCAGGGCAGGGCCAGUGUGCCAGGAUGCUGGGGAUGUCCUGGACUUGCCGAGGCAGGGCAAGGCUGUGUGGCCCAGGGUGACAUGGUUGGGCUGGAUGGGUGGUGACCCUGCCCAAUGAGGGGUGGGCCCUUGUGGUUAAGGCUGGGCUCUGGAUUAAGCGAUGUCAACAGCUUUGCUGAGUUCCUCACUCCUCUUGCGGUCAAUGUCUUCCAUCUCCCGUAUUUUCUGCAGAGGGUGUUGAUGAGCGCUGGGGUCAGCAUGGGGACAUGGAUCCCAGGAUGCACAGCUGCCUGUACGUGUCCCUGCUCACUUCCUGCUGCCCUCCUACCUGGGAGAUCUCGGCAAGGAUGAGUGCUCGGUACUGCCGGCCUUGGCCCAGGGCCUCCAUGGCAGCCAGGAACUCCUUCCUGUCCUGGAUCUCCCGUACCACUGGGCAAGAGGAGAAGGUUUUCAGGGUACCUCUUCCUGGUUGGGGCUCCUCCCCCUCCCCUACCCAAGUGCUCACAUUCCUCGAAACGGUCCGGCUCAGGGGCUGGGUCCUUCUGCCGCAUGGGACGAGCCUUCCUUCUUGGUUCCUCUGUGUCCUUCCCAGUGGCAAAGAUGUUCUGGAGUCUAAGUUUCUCCUUCUCCAGGUCUCCUGCAGGGCCCAGAGUGAAGGUGCAAAUGGUGCCCCCUUCACGAGCUGUCCCCAUGGCAGGCAGGCAGGCAUGCUACAGGGGCCCUGGGCUGUAGCGAGGGGGCUUCUGCUGGCACAGCAUCUCCCCUGGUGCUCCUUGGGCUUGUCAAAAUUAAUAGGAACAGAGGGGAAGCAGCACAGGUUGUGGGGGUGCACAGCAAGGCUAUGGGAGUUUGGGGCCUGGUGGCCUAAGCCCUGCCAUGGGGAGCACAGCUGGAGUGUGGGUGUAGCCCAGGCAUGGGGGUUCCAGCAGAUCUGGGAAGGGGCAGGGCCAGAAGAAGCCAGGUGGGCAGGGGCAGGAAUGGUUCCUGCAGCAGGGCUGGGGCCCGGAGGGGAUCCAUCUGGGGAUUGUGCGGUGACAAGGACAUGGCUUUGAUGGUCCCAUGCCCACCAGAGCCCCCCUCUGUCUGCCAUUGGCUCCCUUGUAUCCCAUACAUGUCUGGGCUGACACACACGGGGUGGGAGAAUGUUGAUUAGUACCUGUCUUCCCCUUCACACACACACACACACACACACACACACACACACACACACACACAGGCCCCAGCUGAGGCCCUGUCACUCACGGGUGGCCUGUGGCUUGAACUGCUCCCGGCUGUAGGCCCCGUUGGCUUGGCACAGGCUGACAGGCCUCAGGUGGGAGCGGGCAGCUAGGAUGGGAGGCAGGUAGAUAGCUGGUGCCGGCAGUGGCUGCCUCCCAGGCGAGCCCCGCUGGCUGGAUGUGGGGCUGCAUUGCAGGGGUAACGUGUCUCCUCCUGGGGAAGCAGGGUCCGGUGAGAGGAGCCCCACCCUGCCUUUCUCAAUGCCCAGCUGCCUUCUGUUUCUUUCACAAAAUUGGUGGCCACCUGUUACAGGAGCAGUGGGGAGGCCCCCAUCCUCUGCCACGGGCAGGAGGAUUUCACUGUCUCCCCUUCUGGCUAUGUUUGUGUUGCAAUCACUCCGCAUGUGUCCAGGGAGGGACAGUCAUGGCUCCCAAACACUGGAUUGUGCUGUAUUCAAUUCGGACUGUUUCCACUGAACAACGUAUCACGGACAUUUUUCCAGAAAAAUCCACACAUACAACUUAUUAUUUUUUAUAGCUAUAUACAAAUCCUUCCAAUGCACACAUUAUUUAUUCAGCUAGUCCCCAGGAUUUUAGAAAAUCAGGUCAUUCUUCCCCGGGGGUGGGAUUGGAUUUCCUUUUUUUUUUUUAAUUUUUUACUACUUUACACAAUGCUGCAAUAAAUGUCUUUGUAAAUCU